GCUUCAGUUGUUCAUUUCCACCCUCGUGACCCUCCCCGCCGUGGGCUUUGGGUGGUUAGCAGUAGUUCGUACCAGUUUAACCACAAAUAAAUGAAUUGCUUCACCAUCUCAAGCUGAGCAGCUUCAGAGCAGGACCUGUUUUUCAGCUCACUGCUGUCUCUCUGGUGUUAUUCUGGUUUGUUUACUCUCCGUCUGACUUCAGAUGUGACAAAAAGACGCUCACACACCUGUGAUGUCAUCGGUCUGUGUGAUCAUGGUGCGAUUGAGUCGGGGGAAAAAGACAGAUGGGUGGGGGGCGUGAAGGGUUUAUAAGAGCUCGCGAAUCGUGAAAAACAACCAGAGGUUGAUGCAGAAGAUCCACACAGAUUCAGCUCUUCAGUCAGUCCUGCUGCAGUCAUGAGUGUCUUUCUUCACUGUGUGUUACUGUGUGUUUCACUGGCGCUCACUGCUGCUUAUGAUUCCCAGGAGAGCCGCGAGUCAUUUGAGGUGUUUGUGAAUCCGUAUCAAGCAAAUGCUUUCAUGAGGAAUCCACGAGAUCCCAUGUACAACCCAUACAUCUACAGGAGGCUGAAGUCUCCGGUUGAACGUCGUGCUGAGAUCUGUGAAGAUUAUUCGCCCUGCCGUCUGCUUGCACUCCGCUUCGGCUCACAACUGGCCUAUCAAACGUAUUUCAACGCUCAGCAGCACAGGCCCAACCCACAUCUGCGUCCAUACUGAGCCCCAUCUCCGCAUUUUCAUAUGACCAAUGAAGAUCUUCAUUUAACCUGUUAACUGUCACAUAUUUUAGUAAUUAUCCUAAAUUAGGUGUCAUUGGAAAGCUUAAACACUCGAAAUUCAUCCUGUGAAAACUGUUUUAAAAUUAGACAUUGUAUUACCAUGGUUACUUUAAAAUCUUUUCGCAGGCUCCUCCCCCUAGUGUCAUGUUUCAUAUUUUACAAAAAUACACUAUGUUAUAAUCAAAUCAUUUUCUAAUCUUGACAAAAUGCAUAUUGAUGGAAAGGCCUGAGUCUCAAGGUUCCAUAUUCGGCCGCUGUUUUGUGAUAGAAGUGAUGUUGUUAGAGAAAUUUGUUAGUUUUUUGGCAGGAGAACACAUGUGACAGAUAUUUUGGUACAGUGCCUAAACAAAAUCUCACAGGAACCUCAAUUUCUGUGAUAUCAAAUUUGGAACACAAUUUAGACAUAUGGCUUUGAUUUUUGACUAUUUUGUUAAAAAUAAAAUUUAUGUAUAAAACGUUUAGUACGUUUUCUUUACAGUAAACUUAAACUUGAAGUGCUUUCCAAUCUGCUGAGUGUCUUCUUUAAAAAGAGCUUUCAUGAAUAACAAAUAUUUGAGUUCAGAUCUAUGUUCAAAAAGAGAGGUGACAGGUACAGGUUAAAUAAUCAUUUAUCAUAGAUCAAUUUAACCCUAUUCACACACAUGUAUAUCCUUCUGUGUCAUGUGUAUGUUACUAAUGGACAAUGGGCCAGUUUGCCCAGAUAUUUAUGCAAUACUAACUAUUCUCUUUCGUUUAUGCAUUAAUGGUUAUUCAAAGCUGAGUUCAUGACUGCAACUGUAUUUCUUAAUAGAUUCAAACUACAAAAAUUAACUGAGUAUUAAAUGUUGAAGCCAGAUGUUUCACAUACAAGAGAUCAGUCGUUUUGCUGUUAUGCUGAUAUGUUUAAUCUGUCUUUGUUCAUCAAUAAAGUGCUUUCACAAUUAAUCUCCUGCAAACCUGAAA